GAAGAAGAAGAAGGAGGAGGAACGGAGUUGCAACGCUAUUGUAAGCAGUGUAUGUGAUUGAAAGUAUGUCUAAAGUAGACAUGUUUGAGGGAGGUGGUGAGUAAGCGUCUCACUGCGGCGGCUUUAGAGAUAUUCGGGCUGUUUGAGAGAACCGUGGCUGAAUAUGAAGAACAACUCUGUCGUUCUAAAGAGGAGAACGAGCGGCAUCGGAAACUUCUGGACGCUGUUCUGAAGCCGGAAGUCCGUUUACACAGAGCAGUAUUAUCUGGAGAUGUUCAUCAGUCCCCCCACAUUAAAGAGGAACACGGGCAACUUGUCGCUGUGAAGAGCGAAGAUGAUGAAGAGAAAGCUGAGCCACAGCUUCAUCAGAGACAAGAAGAAAACAGCAGCUCAGCCCCACAGAUGGAGAAAGAGAGGGAUAGAGAGGACUGCAGAGGAUCAGAACCAACCAGAAGCUUGGAUCCUGUUGGCUUUUCACAGCCAGCUCAUGAUUACAACCUUGCAGAUGAACAAGCUGACACUGUGACAUUAACUCCGAUCCAGGCAGGUGUAUCCCUCAGUCCACCAGCUGUGGACGACAGAACUUCAGACUCUAGUGAGCCUGAGACUGACAACAGUGAUGAAGACUGGCAGGAGCCAGGGAAACCUCAGCCAGAUCUAAAAAAGAUCAAGAACAAUAGUGUUCCCAAGAGUAAUAAAGAAGUUAACACUGGUAGGAAGUCUUUGAACUGCUCUAAAUGUGGUAAAACAUUUGAAUCCAAGGACUGUGUGUUGGCAAAAAUUCCUCCAUUCGUUUGCUCCGAUUGUGUUCCAAAACCGUCACAGGUUGCAUGUUUUGUCACAAAUAAGAUAAGUGCCUCAGGGGAAAAAGCCUUUGGAUGUUCAGUCUGUAAGAAACAAUUUGGCUUCAAAUCAGACGCUGUAAGACAUAUGAGGAUUCACACCGGAGAGAAACCCUUCAGCUGCUCAGUUUGCGGGAAUAGAUUCAGUCAGAGCACGGGUCUGAGCUCGCACAUGAGAACCCACACAGGAGAGAAACCAUACAGCUGCUCUCUCUGCCCUAAAAGCUUUAUCCGCAGCGGAGUUCUGGACCGACACAUGAGAGUUCACACCGGAGAGAAACCUUACAGCUGCUCGGUGUGCGACACACGUUUCUCUCUGAGUCAGACCCUGUUGAAACACAUGAGGAUCCACACAGGAGAGAAACCGUUCAGCUGCUCCGUUUGUGAUAAAAGAUUCCUACAACAGGGACACCUGACGCAGCACAUGACACUCCAUACAGGGGAGAAGUCUUUCAGUUGCCCUGUUUGUGGAAAAAACUUCACUCGACAGUACCGCGUGAAAAAACAUAAGUGUGUUACUGAGAGCAGCGGCAGUCAGUGAAACUGCAACACAAAACUGAAUGUCAUGCGCCAAAGAUGGAUUAGAAGGUUCAGAUAAGAGCAACAUAAAUCUAUUUAAAUAUUCUUUAAAGAAAAAAAUGGUAAAUGCUUAUAUAUUUAUAUUACUGCGUCCACUAAUGUCCACUGAUUACUGUUAAUGACUCAUGACAAUCAUUAUUGAUAAUGUGCGUAUACUUCAUAUUUAUGCUGAAGUUGAACAGAGACUAGUUCUUUGUAGGAUUUGUCCCGCCCCUCCUUAAAGGUGGGGUAGGUAAGUUUGAGAAACCGGCUCGAGAUACACUUUUUGUUAUAUUCCAUGGAAUGCUCUUAACAUCCCGAUAGCAAUGAAUAUCUUAAGUGCUUUGACAAAAAAUCAAUUAAAAAAUGUAAUCUAUGGAAGCCGUAUUACUGUAAAAAGCACGACCAAUCAUUUUAGCCGGCCCGGCUAAAGUAACUGGAUGGCCUACCUGCCAGUCAGCCUUCCAUCUGUGCACAAACUUAUCUCGUGCCCUCAUUGGUCAUGUGCACGUUCGUGUGUGUUGGAGGAGGGGCUCUAUAAGGAAGUGGCAGAUUUUUUCCGGUUGUGUAUUUUCAAAUUCUAGCUCACUCGAGCUGGUUUCUCCAAAAUUACCUACGCCACCUUUAACUGUCAUACAUUUUAUAUAAAGCUUAGAAUUGUUUCACUUCGCACACAAAAAAAACGGAUUAGUGGCUCAGCGCUGGGUCACCUGCUAGCUUCUACAGGACCAUUGCUCUCCUUUAAAAGUGUCCUUAAGUGUACAGUGGUUUAUUGCAGUAUUUAGGCCUUAAACAGCAGAUGUGUCAACAAUUCAUUAAGUGGCCAUGACAGACCUCACUUUUACCUCACCUAUCUCUAUUAAGCUUACCAUUGAUAAAUAAAUGUUAAAUUGGUUAUAAUUUGGUUUGAUGGAAAGGAUGUACAGUAUGUCCAGUAUGACCAAUGCACAUUAUGCGUUUUUAGAAGGUGCAAGCAAAGCAUAAAAGUUCCAACCACAAUUCUAGGAAGGUGUUGUGGUUUUUGACACCUUGACAACGGUUAUGAUUGAGGACAACAAUGCACACAGGAUGAAAGUGAACUGUGUACAGACUUGAUGAUUUUAGGUCCAACAUCCAGGAGCAACACAUCUUAGAGACAAUAGUGACAGUUGUGUUAAGUUUGUUUCUGUUAAUAAAUUAAAGUAUAAAGUUUGCAUAUUUGUUACAUUUUGUUAAAAGAAAAACUCAAUUCUAAACAUGACAUUGAAAAUAGGUUUUGCUUUCAUAAAAAUGUUCAUAUUCCCGUUUGUUAAAAUUGUAUAUCAUUACUAUAGUCUUCAUUGUUUUAAUUGUAACUAUACAUUUUUAAUUGAUUCAUUAAGUAAGAAUUUAACCUAUGGGACCUCCUUCUCACUUCAAAAAGUCCCUCCAAGCUCUCCAAACUUUUUUGAGGCUUGAUUUUGGGUCUUGGCUUGGGCUCCUUUAGAGGCUUGACGGGGGUUCACUUGGGAACCUGUUGCUGUUAUACUUUGACCUUGUGUCCUUGUAAAACUUUUGUAUCUUACUUUUGUUAUUUUUAUGAUAUUGUAAAUCCUCAAUUUUUGUUAAAAACGUAAUAAAACCGGUUUGUACAUUGUACAUUUCGACCCAA